AUGGCUGAAGUGCAUAGUGAGGACAAGAAAGAGGGUAAAAGGUUACCGUUAUGGGUUUUGGCCCCUAAGGAUGAAAUGGAUGCACGUAAGAACUUGAAGAAGUUUGCUUAUGAACAAUGUAAGGAAUAUGUUGAAGCAAUGGCGGCUUGUGCUAAGGCUAAUGGUAUGAAGGUUUUUCCAGCUUGUAAUGAACAGCGUGAUAGAAUGGCAGAAUGUAUAUUAUUUUAUCAAAUUGAUACAAAAUAUUUGGAUAUGGAGAAAGAUAAGAUAAUUGAAAAGAAGAUUGCUUUGAUGAAGGAGAAGAAGGAUUGA